AUGCCACCUCAUCCUCUAUUGAGACCGCUGUCCUUUCAUGCAAUUCUUCGUUAUCGUUCCGCCGGACCCUUCACAUCCUUUCGUUGUUUUCCGCCCUCAGCUUUCUUCUCCUCGUCAUCUAGGUUCUCGAGUUCCCAUAGCAAUGCGAGAAAUCGCACCUUAUUUCAAAAUACCGGGGCUCUAGACGGGUACAAGAUCUUAGAUCUCACAAGAGUUCUAGCAGGGCCUUUUUGCACCCAGAUCCUCGCCGACUAUGGUGCCGACGUGAUAAAAGUUGAGCAACCGGGAAAAGGAGACGAAACGAGAUACUGGCGGAUUCAUGGCGAGAGCGAAAAGUGGAAGGAGGAAGGUAUAUCGUGCUAUUUUGCUUGCGUCAACAGGAACAAGCGCGCCAUAACCCUGGAUUUGAAAAGUGAGAAGGGAAGAGAGAUUUUGUUGGAUCUUGUGAAGAAGGUUGACGUGAUCGUUGACAAUUUCGUGCCGGGGAAGAUGGACCAGCUCGGAAUCGGGUACGAUACUCUUUCGAAAGUAAACCCAUCCAUCAUCCACGCGAGCAUUUCGGGCUACGGAGCUGGAGGACCAUACUCCAAACGCGCAGGGUACGAUAUAAUCGCCGCGGCUGAAGGAGGGCUGCUUCAUGUGACGGGAGAAGCUCAAGGUCCUCCGACAAAGCCAGGUGUGGGACUUACAGAUCUCUGCACCGGGCUUUUCAUGCACGGUGCCAUUGUAUCCGCCUUGCAUGCGCGAAACAGGACAGGAAAAGGCCAGAAGGUUGACGGCUCCCUAUUUGAAACCCAGCUGGCCCUGAUGGUCAACAUAGCCUCAGUUUGGCUCAACAUGGGCCGCGAAGCGAAGAGAUGGGGAACGGCGCAUCCCAGCAUUGUUCCAUACGAGGCGUUUCCUACCAAAGAUUCCUAUCUUGUCAUGGGUGCAACGAAUAACCGGCAAUUUGCCAUAUUAGCAGAGCGCCUGGGCCAGCCAGAUCUCGCGCGGGACGAAAGGUUCCGAACGAAUGACGCCCGUAUCGAGAAUCGUGUAGAGCUGAAUAAGAUCCUACACGAGCUGUUUCAAACAAGAACCACUGAUGAAUGGUUAACAGUGUUCGAAAACAGUGGUAUGCCAUAUGGGCCGAUCAACUCGAUAGAGAAAGCGUUUGGCCACGCUCAAGCGCAGGCCAGAGACAUGGUAAACACGCUGCAGAUGGAUUCUGCAGCAGACGGAGAGUUCAAGGUCACAGGGUUCCCGGUCAAGUUCAGUGAAUCGAAGCCGUCGGUUCGAAUCAAUCCGCCCCUGCUCGGUCAGCAUACAGAGGAGGUCCUUGCGGAACUUGGUAUCACCGGAAAGAGGGUCGACGAACUUCGGCGGCAGGGUGUGGUUUAG